AUGGCGUCUCCUCUAGUUCUCGGCGGCGCUCCGUCAGAGAGCUUUAGUCUCUAUCCUUCCCCUACUCAGGUUCGAAGGAAACCUGUCCCGCAGAAUGUCGAUCUGACCUCCGGACCUGUCCACCCCUCCUCUCCCCUUUCGAUCGAGGGAGAUAAACCCACUCUCAUUCCCACUGCUCCUGUGGCUAGACCACCAUCUCCUUCGUCGGCGGAUGGAGACUCUUUUAUAUCGGUCCAAAAGAACCCGAAUAGAUAUUCCCGACGAGCCCCUCCCAAACCUCUACAUAUCGAUACCGCUGCAUCCCGGCCGGGCUCCGCUGCAUUCUUGAGGUCCGUACUCGAGGACGACGACGACGACGACGACGAAGACGGGGCAGACUAUUUUGAUGACGAAUACGAACACCAGUUCACGAAUGGAAUUGCAAUCCCCUUGCACAGUCGACUAGAUAGCGAACCAUUCAUCCCGGUCCUCAAAUCCCCUCCUCCAACAAGACGGGCAACGAGUAUGGCAUUGCACCUCCCUAUGAACAGACCCCCUCUACAUAUCGACGUGGAUCCGCGGUCAAUGUCAAUGAGUGCGACGGAUUCCAGAAACCCAAAGACACCGGGGAAUAAGAUCAGCUCAUUCUUUGGUUGGAAGGCGGCGAAUAACAACAAUAAUAUAGCAACAUCUCCUGGAGCUGAAUCAUCCAGCACUGAGAUCUCCGACUCAGGUCGGUCCACAAUGCCUUCCCCCAUGCCACCGUUAGCAAAUGUUCCUAUCAAACCUCCUUCCCCCUAUGAUACCAAGAGCAAUGGCUACAGCCUUCCGGUGCGGACUCCAUCGGUGGGAUCUGGCAGUUUAAAGGAAAAUAUAUUUGUGUCCAAAAUGGCGGACCUUGAGAAUGAAUUACGAGAAAUUAGCUCCGAAUUGGCGGGGUCUAUACGCCGCGAAAUGGAUCUGGAGGAUCUAGUUGAACGUUUACAAUUAGAAGGCCCGGAUUCCAAUCGCCGGACCAGUGACUAUUUCUCGGAUUCGGGGACUAGUUCUGUUCGAUAUGCUUCAGACGCUGGUCGGUCAGAAGAUAUUGAGAAGAUCAAGCGUGCUGCAGAGCAAGAACGAGCUCAACUCAAGGUCGAAUUAUCACAAAAGCUGCAAGAAGAGCGCUCCAAACGGACAGCGUCUGAGUCGCAUGUUCAAAUUCUGGAGACCCAAGUUCAACAGCUUCGACGUGACAGAGUCGACUUGUCUGAUAUGUCAUCUAAAACUAAAGAACUUGAGACUGCUCUGGAAAACACUAAGCGCAAGUUACUUGAAGAGCGACAAUCGAAGGACAAUUUUGAAGAUUUGCUUACUGCAAUGCGAGUCGAGCUUGAACAGUUGCGCAACGACCGAGACGAGCUUCGAGACAACAACAAGCUCGCAGAAGAAAUCGAAGCUCUUAAGAUCGAAAAUGCCUCUCUAGCCCAGUUACAAGGCGGCCGAUUCGCUUCGAUCGCCGAGGAAGGUGGUUCACCGAGGAAUUCAGCAUUUGGAUUAUCACGAUCAAACUCCCUUGCUCGCAAGCCUAGCGGUCUCGCCCGUUCAGGUUCUCUUUCCCGGUCCAACUCCCUUUCUAACAAUGGGGGUAAAUCACCCGAAACACGCGAGUCCUUGGUUGACAAAGUCAACGACGUUGAAGUUCAACGCGAUUUCCUUCACCGGACAUUGCGCAGCCUGUUAGAUCGUCAAGCAUACCAGGCCCGUGAGUAUGAGAAGCGGACCCGUAUGCUUGAGAUGGAGCUUGCUCGGGCCCAGCAAUCGGGCCAACCCCGGAGGCUGGGUUAUCAGAGGGAGGUUUAUAACCUACGUGAUGAAGUCAACCAUCUACGCAUGCGCGCCGAAGAUGCCAUGGAUGGCAAAUGGCAGUGCGAGAAGAACCUCGCUGGUCUGAAGAUGGAUUUGGACCGUGCCGAGCAAGAAACCAGCUCCCUGCGCGCUCUUCUCCAGGAGGAUACUGCCGCUUCUGACGAAUCUAACUUCGACCAAGGGGAAUUCGCGGAAGUCAUGGCGACAUCUUCUUCUUUGCAAUCUGCCUACCAGCAAUUGCAGGCCGAAAGGGCAGCGGCCGAGGCGAACGUCGCCAACUCGGAAGAGCUUUCCUCCUCCCUUGACCGUGCAGAGUCCCUAGCCAACAAGGUUCAAUAUCAGCUCCGGAACAACACAUCUUUGCAUGCUCGGUUAGCAGAGGCUAUUAACAAGGGUGACAACGAUCAGAAGAUCUCAGUGUACCGAAUCAAUGUCCUGCAAAACCGCAUGAAGGAAUUGGAGGAUGACCUCUUGAUUGCCCAGCAAAACUCCGAAGACGAGAUGGGCAAGCAUGAGGAGGAAGUCCGCCUCUUGACAGAGAGCCAGAAUGCCCAGCUCACGCGUAUGAAGAAUGGAGGCCGUAACCUCGUUGGUCUUUCACCGCGGCCACCCAACACACCAUUCGACGCUCGCUCACCGCGUCUGAAUCAGACCUCCAGUGGUGAGGGUGUUCCUUUGACCGAUGUUGUCCAGGCUGAGGUCCUCGAACGACGAGUCAAGGAUCUCGAGAAGCUCCUCCGCGAUGCGGAUAUGGAGAUGGAAGAAGUGGUCGGACGCAUGAACCGUACACAGAUCGAUGUGGCCCAGCUUCAAACUGACAGAGAGGAUGCUCUCCGCCAGACCCGCCAACUCCAAACCGAGAUCCAGGCUGAGCGUGACGCCCUGAAUUCGCUUAUCAACGCCUUAUAG